AUGGAAGUGAAGAUUGAACAAAAAGUCUUUUCGGUAAAGCUUGUAGGGAUGAAUAAUGAUUGGUUUCAGAUUACAGAAUGGAAUAGAGUAGGUUCAUUUUCUUAUGUUUUUGAUCUGAAAGCCAUUGAUGAUGCUGUGUUUUGGAAUCAAAGAGGACCUUUCCUUAAGAAGUUUAGAACUGCAGGCUUUUGUGUUUGGGUGGAAAUGGAGUCAAGCAAAUUUGUUGUGUUUUUGAGAGUUACAAAGUUUAAGAAUAAUGGAAGAAGGAUGGAAACUAUUAUACCAAAAGGCAUUGAUUCAAAAGGAUGGAUGGAGUUUGGAAGAUUACUCGAAAGUCAAUUGUAUGCUCUAGUUGAUGAGGCACUGUUUUCUGUGGAGGAAAAAUGGAAGAAGGCUGUGGAUGGAUUGCAAUUGAAGGACUUCCAUUUCAUCUAUGGCAAUUGGAGGUCUUCGAGAGAAUUGGAAAUAUUUGUUGAGGUUUCGUUGAGGUUGAUCAUGAGACAAACAGAAGAUGGAACUGGAACAGGAAUGCUGGAAAUGGUAGCAUGGCAAGAGGUUGAAGAUGACAGAUUAGAGUUGAGAAGAGUACGUGGUGAAAAAGGAAGAGAGGUGGCCAGUAAGAUGAAGGCCCAAUGUAUGGAGGAGGGAAAUAAAAGAGAGAAGCAGCUUGUGGUGGAGCCCAUUCCUGUUGCGUUUUUACCGAAAAUUAUUCUUCAAAAUAGUGGGAUGAGAAAUGGGCCAUUAAACUCAAGAAUGAUCAACCCACUUAAAGGAAGUUUUGAAUCAACCCAGAUUUUUAAUCAAAAGACGAGUGAGAGGUAUAAGGGAGAGACGUCAUCAUUGGCUAGGGCAAAACUCAGUCGGUCUCUCUCAAACACCGAUAUGAGGAAUCAAAGGAAGAUCAAAGAGAAACAACAGAUGAAAGAUCUUUUGGCUGUCUCGAAGAAAGGAGAUGAUGGCACUGUAGAUCUUUCAGCUGCCAAAGUAGAUGUGGGAGUGCAAAUCACACGUGAUGACUUUGAUUGUGCUGAUAUUUGCUUCGGUGCAGGGAAAUUUGAGCGUAUGAGGGUGGAGGUGGAUGAAGGAGUGUUCGAUAUUAAUGAAGUUGUUGGAAAAUGGUUAGGAACCUUGAGUCUAACAGUAGCUCUUUAG